UGGCGCAACUCUAGCAUCUAGCCACACAAGAGUUCAAACUCUAUCAUCCAGCCACGCUAGGGGCAAAACUCUGUCAUCCAAUAACACUCCAUCUGUAUUUAUGUCCCCUGGAUCCAACCCACAGAAUUCCAGCCUGGCCAUACACAUGGUAAAAAUAGAACCAGAAGUAGAGCCAGAUGAAAAACCAGAUCUGACCAUCACUGACGGUUGGGAUGUAACUGUGUCCCCAGGCCUCAACUUACACAAGUCCAGCCCUGCCCCAACCAUUGUACCUAAAGUUGAGCCUCAAGACAUUACAGAUACAUCAACAGAUGAUGAAAGUGUAGCAGCUUCCUCCCAUCACAGUUCCAGCCCUGCUCCUCCCCUUGUGGUUAUUGAAACAAAGGAGGAGUUGAGUCUGCUGCCAGGUUAUGGUGGAGUUGUCUUUCCUGAACCAAGUGCCGCCCCAUUGUCCGACCCAUCACGGUCAACACGCCAGCAGGCCUCAGUCACGACACCACAGCUGUCCCCUAAUCCAGACUUUAUGUUGGUAUCCCGAGGUGAGGGACGUUAUGAAAAACUGAUACACUGCGAAAUCUGCGGGAAAGUAUGCCGUACCAGCAACAUGGCGCGACACAGGAAACGGUACUGCCUGCUAUCACCUAAAAGGGAAGAGCUACCGGGGAAAAAUAGCCCCAGUGUGAUCAAAUCUGAAAAGAAUUCUUCAAGGUCAAGCAAAGGAGAAGCAUAUGGAAGAAGCUUAUAUGGCGAUGAAAGCUAACUAGCAACACAAUGUUUGCUCAAUGCCAAAAUGAUUCUUUCAACAAAAAUGUUGUACAAUCAGGAUAAGAAUUUGAUGAUUCGAUUAAAAGUAGCCUAUAAACAUAAGCUUUCAUUUUGUUAGAAGUUAUUUAUGCCACCCGAAGGAGGGCAUAUAGUGAUCGGACCUUCCGUCUGUCUGUCUGUCUGUCUUUCCGUCAGACUUUGCGUUUAGGUUUUGCGUUUAGGUUUCGGAAAAUGCUCAUAACUUCUAUGUCGCUUCAGAUUGCAACUUUAUUUUUUGCAUGCAUGUGUAUCUCAUGGAGCUGCACAUUUUGAGUGGUGAAAGGUCAAGGUCAUCCUUCAAGGUCAAAGGUCAAAUUUAUGGCUUCAAAGCGGGGCAGAAGGGGCAUUGUGUUUCUGACAAACACAGUCAUCUCUUGUUAGAAUUUAUUUUGUGUACCUAGGCAUUUUCAGAGAUUCAUGUUAGAAUAGAAAAUUGUAUAACAAUUACAUGUAUAUCUAACAGCCAAAACAAAAUUCAGUGAUUUGUUAGGAUGAUUCUGUUGCUUAAUAAAAUGUUACGAUAUAUGCUAUAUGAAAGAGAUAAUUGUACAUGCUUUCAUAACUCAAUCAACAUCUUUAUGUAUAUUUUUGCUAUAAUUGUACAUACAAGUCUACAUAAUAGUUAUACACAACAUGCCUUUUAUUGUUUAUCAUUUCUUUUUCAUCCAAACAUUAUUAUCUUUUAAGCAUUCAUUCUUUUUCAUAUCUUUGAAACUGCUUUUGAUGAUUUUGAAAUCCUAUGUUGUUUGUGUUAUUGUAAAUGAGAUUCGUUCUGGAAAGACUGGGCUUAAAGGGGCAUUUUCACGUUUAGGUUAAUUGACAAAAUUAAAAAAAAAUUGUUUCAGAUUCGCAAAUUUUCUUUUAGUUAUGAUAUUUGUGGGGAAACAGUAAUACUGAACAUUUCCCAUUCUCUAAAAUAUCCAUUAUAUGCAUCUCUUGACGAUUUGAAAACAUGAAAAUAAUAAAGCGUUGCAACGCGAAAUGGUUGAAAAAUUUGAGAAGUUCUGUUGUUGUCGUUAUAUUUUGUGAAACUACUAGGAUUGCUUGUAUAAAGUUAAAAAUACAUCCAUACAUAGCAUGAACACGAAUGGCCGAGUGGUCAAAGCGGUAGACUUUAACUCCAGGGGUCAGUGGUUCUGGCCCAGUUGAGGGUUACUUUUUUUCUUUUUUUUUAAUUGUAUUUUUGUUUUUUAUGGGAGAUUUUUACGUCCAAUGUUUAAUUUUAUCAAUAAAGAGCAUUUAAUGACAAACUUCAAUACAUGUCAAAAUCUGUGAAAAGGCCCCUUUAAUGCUUGUACAUAGUGACAACCCAGAUAAGGGACGUCACUUUCCUCCUAAAAUGUAUUUUUGAUUAGAAGAUACUUUCUUUAAAUGGAAAAUUUAAUAAAAGGGUACUGCACAUAAUUAUCUGGGACGACACUUUACGCAGUUGCAUUAAGCCAAGAAUUCCCAGAACAAGGUUCAUAUAGUUUUCAUGAGUGCUUUAAUUUAUUUGUGACUAAUUUUAGUUUAUUGUCCUUUUUUUCGUUGUGUGCAUGUUAAACUGGUUUGUUUAUGGUAAUAUAAAUAUGUAAUAAGCAUAAUGUCCUUAAGAAAAUAAUGAAAUAUUACCUAUUUCUUUUCGAAAAAAGUGGUCCUAUGUUUUUACUAUAUUUUUUAUGUUACUUAUUAUUUCUUUUUUAAAAUGGAACAAAAUUUUACCUACCAGUAUUGCUUAUGUCUAUUUUGACAUUUAUGUUCUAGAUCUAGUAAGUUUGUUUGAGUCUCGUUCUGAGAACACUGGGCUAAAUGCAUACGUGUAAAGUGUCAUCCCAGCUACAUGUAAUUGCACAGCCUUGUCUGGGGUGACACUGUAUGAACAUGCUAUAAUGCUAAGGCCAAACAUGAUCUAUUCUGUGUUUUGGUGUGCUUAUCCCUAUGUAAUACCCAAAAGUUCAGUUUUGAGCAGGGAUUGUUUAUUUUUGAAAUCCAAUUUUGUCAGAUUUUUUACAAGUCUGUAAUGUUUUUUAAUAUUAUGGAUAAAUGUGUUUGUCAAAAAUGUUAAAACAUUUAGCCUCGACCGUAGCCAUCUUUGUUGUGAACCCCAUAUGUGAUGUUCCAGAAUGUCAGUGGAGAUGACUACACAGUUUAAAGAAAUUGAUAUUUGUUUCAUACAUUUCCCCAAAAAAUGUAUUGCAUUCAGAAUCGUUCUUGUAUAUAAAUUAUACUCAUGUAUGUGACAAGAAUGAAUUUCACUUGUAUAUUUAUGCCCCUAUGGAGUGUACAUAGACAUAGUUACUGCACUUGUUGGUCUGUCCAUGCGCCUGUCUGUAUGUCUAGACACUUGUGUUUUUAUCUCCACUUCGGCUUCUGUGUGGAUCUCGCUCAAACUUUCACAGGUAAAUGACCUGAAAUGGAAUUUCGAUGCAAUUACUUUUUGCAAAAUUAUGGCCUUUUGUCUGUUUUAUGGCGAUUGAAUAUUAAUACCUAGACUGUUGUGUUUAAAUCCCCUGUUUAGCCUAUGGAUGGGAAUCGCUUUCACUUUGACAGUUUAAUAGCCUGUAUGCUUAGAUGAUGGAAAGGAAAGGAAUAUUGCCUGUGAUGACGUUUUGGAAGAAUUAUGGCACCCUUUCUUACUUUCCACUCUAUAAUAUAUUGUUUGAUUCUUUUUAAACCACUUGAACUUCUGGAUUAAUCUAGCUUAUUUUUUUUUACCGUUGAAUUAAAUUCAUUUUUAUUGUAAAGAAAGCAUUUCCCUGUUACCAAUUUUGGCUGAAUUAUGGCCCUUUAUUUUUUUUGUAUAUUGUAGAACAUAAAAGAAAUUUGGUUCAGUGCAAAAAAUGUGGCGUGGGAGUAUUAUUGUCUGUUACACAUUUCUAAUUGUUGUUAUGCUAACAAAGUACUUUGUAUAUGAACUCAUGUGCCUUAAAUUUAGUUAAUGGUUCGUAUAAAUCCAUGGCAAAUUAUGCCUGUAAAAAUCCCGGUAUAUAUUUACAUGUACAUUUAUAUUUGCUUCACUAUACAGAAAUCAUUGCACAAACAUGGCUAUAUAUAUAUAUAUAUGUCUAUCUGAAAAUAAAAUGUCUACAUACA